AUGACGGACUCCCCAAUAGUCGCCGCUCUGAAUCUUCUCAAGCGGAAGCAGAGCUAUGGUGAAGAUAAUGAGGCCCCCAACCCCGCGGUCACUUCGUCCUCGAACGCGUCGUCAGUAGGCGGCGCCGACAACACUGCAGAGAUUGCUUCACUCCACGAUGAGUCUGAUUCACAAGUCAAAGACGGCGGAAAAGACACAAAGAGGAGAAAAGGCCAAGGGAAAAAAUCGACCGCAUCGAAUCCACGAUCCAAAGCCCCCAAAAAGAGAACCCCUUCCACCCCAUGGCCAGAUGAAUUCAAACGCCUAUCACAGACCCAUCGCGCACUGAACCUCGUAUAUACCUUCUGCUGCACGCGCAAACACUUCAUCACGACGUUUGACAACAUCAAAAAAGCCGUUCAGGCGCAACUCGGCCAGGGGCGAGAACUCACAGUCGAGGAUGUGGCGAGGGUCAAGGUGCUGGUGCCUCGGGCGGUGCGAUUCGAGUAUGUGGAUGAAGCUCGACUAGAGAUCAUGACGGUUGGCGAUAGAGAAAGCGUCGACUACGGAUCCCGAAGGGUUCAUAACAUGCUCACCGCUGAAGAUAUGGCUGAUAAUCGCGCGGAUCAAAAUGACGGAAGAAAAGACGUUCUCUUGUUUGAAUUUGUGGACGGUGACCUCAAGCGGGAGGUACAGCAUCCCAAGACUGGAGAGCCGUCGAAACCUACGCGCCGAAUGAAAGAUGAGGAUUUGAAGAUGCCAGUGUACAGCCAAAAACAGAUGCUCGUUCUCAUUGAAAAACGCAACACCAAAUUCACCGAUGCGAUUGACGCCUUUCUUGUACGCUGUGAGAAUGAAGGACUCGAGCCAGUGGGGACACUGGAACAGGAGAAGAAUUUCUUUCUGCCCACUCCUCCUGGCAGUGAGGCUAACACUCCUGCUUUUGCCAAAGCACCAGCCACAAUUCCUAAAGAACGCAAGUCUAUCGCGGAGAUCAUUGCGGAGAUCCGGGAGAUGGAGUGGUAUCAUGCUCAGAUUGUCCCGGAAGGGCAUCGGGUGUUCGAAGCUCAAUCUCCCGUCUACGGCGAUUUGACCUUUCAGCUAUCACAAGACCUUGUCAACGCGCUUUACAAUACGAAAGGCAUCACUCAGCUCUACUCUCACCAGGCCGAGGCAAUCAAUCAUCUAUAUGAGGGUCACAAUGUGAUCGUAUCUACUUCAACAAGCUCUGGAAAGUCACUCAUCUACCAGAUUCCCAUGCUUUACGAACUGGAAAAGGAUACCGACAGCAGGGGUAUGUACAUUUUCCCUACUAAAGCUCUAGCCCAAGACCAGCGGCGCAGCAUGAUGGAUCUGCUGCGGUUUAUGGACGGCUUUCAGCAAACAGUGGUGGAAACCUUUGAUGGGGAUACCCCGAUGGGUAGCCGGAAUCUCAUUCGGGAUGAGGCUCGCAUCAUUUUUACCAAUCCCGACAUGCUACACAUUACUAUCCUUCCACAAGAAAGUGCAUGGCGCACCUUCUUGAAGAACUUGAAGUUUGUGGUUGUGGACGAGUUGCACGUGUAUAAUGGCUUGUUCGGGUCCCAUGUAGCAUAUAUCAUGCGAAGGCUCCGCCGGAUCUGUGCGGCAGUGGGCAAUCGACAUGUCAGGUUCAUAUCCUGCUCCGCUACCGUUGCAAACCCAGAGCAGCACAUGAAAUCGAUCUUUGGCGUGCAGGAUGUGAAAUUGGUGGAUUAUGAUGGAUCUCCAUCAGGUCGAAAAGAAUUCGUCUGCUGGAAUACCCCAUUCAAGGAUCCAGCUGAUCCAACCUCAGGACGCGGUGAUAGUGUCGCUGAGACUGCACGCCUGUUUUGCCAAUUGAUUCUUCGAGGAGUAAGAGUCAUUGCUUUCUGCCGGGUACGAAAGCUAUGUGAGAUCCUCUUACAAGCCGUCCGCACUGAGUUCCAAGCUCUCGAAAGACCCGAAGUUGGCAAGAUGGUCAUGGGCUACCGAGGUGGAUACAGUCCCCAGGACCGUCGACGGAUCGAGAAAGAAAUGUUUGAAGGGAAACUGAUGGGAAUCGUGGCAACUAAUGCGCUUGAAUUGGGUGUCGAUAUUGGCUCACUUGACGCAGUGAUCACGCUUGGUUUCCCAUAUUCAAUCUCCAAUUUGCGACAGCAAAGUGGUCGUGCCGGUCGACGAAACAAAGACUCCCUGUCUGUGCUAGUUGGGGAGAGAUAUCCAACGGACCAGCACUAUAUGCAAAACCCAGAUGAGAUUUUCACGCGGCCGAAUUGUGAGCUGCAAAUUGACUUGUCUAAUGAGCUCAUCCAGGAGGGGCAUGUCCAGUGUGCCGCUUUUGAGAUGCCUAUUCGCCCAGACGAGGAUCAUGUCUACUUUAGCGAGCAACUAUUUGCCCUUGCAGCUACACGCCUGAUCAAGGAUAGCAUGGGUUUCUAUCACUGCCACGAACGCUUCCGGCCCCAGCCAUCGCGGUGUGUGAACAUUCGCGACACAGAGGACACUCACUUUGCCGUGAUUGACACAACCAACAAUCGCAAUGUUGUCCUCGAAGAAGUUGAGGCCUCGCGUGCGUUCUUCACUAUUUACGAAGGUGGCAUCUUCCUACAUCAAGGCCAAACAUACAUCGUCAAGGAGCUCAACCCAGAGCGCCACUUUGCACGCGUCCUGCGGGUUCACGUCGAUUGGAGCACCAUGCAGCGUGACUACACCGACAUUGACCCGAUUGAGACUGAGGCUAUGCGCCUCGUCGGCACCGGGUCUGAUGCCUGCCGUGCCUUCUUUGGCGCUGUGCAGAUCCACGCCGUCGUGUAUGGCUUCUUCAAGAUCGACAAGCGCGGCCGUGUCCUCGAUGCUGUCGCCGUCGAUAAUCCCCCAAUCGACCUAUUCACAAAGGGUAUGUGGCUAAACGUGCCCUCACGAGCCAUCGACAUCCUCGAAUCGCAUAGACUCAACGUUGCAGCCGCUAUUCAUGCUGCUGAGCAUGCGGUCCUCUCACUCCUUCCAUCCUUUGUGAUAUCUUCACCGGGUGACGUCCGCACUGAGUGCAAGGUCGCAAAGAAAGAGCUCAGUAGUGGGCUUCGUCGUGCGAAUGCAUCGGGCAAGUCCAACGCAGAGUUAGAGAAGAAGAUCCAACCGCCAUCACGCCAGCGACCUGCACGAUUGACCUUCUACGACGCAAAGGGUGGGUCCUGUGGAUCUGGCAUUGCGAGCAAGGCGUUCGAGUUUAUCGGAUUACUCCUGAGACGAGCGGUAACUCGCAUUGACUCUUGUUCUUGUCUCUCGCCGCAGGGGUGCAUCGAGUGCGUCUGUGAUGAGCGAUGCAAGGAGAUGAACGUUGUCAUGAGCAAGGCUGGAGCGGGCGUUAUACUGCGCUGCUUACUGGGUUGGGAGGUGGAUGUUGAUGCUCUGCCUUGGGGGGAGGAUGUGGAAGGUGUGGAAUUAGGUAUGGGCAGCAGUCGGGAAUUGGCUGGUGGGUGGGAGACGGUUGUGAAGGCUAAGGAUGUACCCUGGAAGGCUGGCUGUGGCCCAGAAGAGAAGGAGAUCCCAUGA